AAGCUAAAUAUUUGCUGACACUAUUGGAGGAACAAUGCGUUUCAGUUCAAAUGUAAAGCAGUUUGUUCUCCUUAUCAUUGUUGGAAUCUUCUUGCUUCUGGGGUAUAUGGUCUUCAACCACUUCAAUGAAAGGCAAAACAUGGUUUGGUUUGACACUUCCAAAAUACAUAUCCCAGUUGAUGAGGACCAGAGGAACACCAGCCUGAGUAAGCCCAUAUUCAGGAGCAGAGUACAGAACAUCGUCUCUCCAGAAAGGCUAUUGUACAAGCAGCCCAGUGUCUUGGUGGGUCGUACUGAUGUGGUGGCAGUCACCCCAUGGUUGGCACCCAUCGUCUGGGAAGGAACCUUUGACCCUGACCUCGUUGACAUAAUCUACAAGUCCAUGAACCUCACCAUAGCAACCACAGUGUUUGCCGUUGGAAAAUACGUCCGCUUUCUCCAAGAUUUCCUGGAGACAGCAGAGAAGCACUUCAUGGUCGACUUCAACGUGCGCUACUACGUUUUCACUGAUCGUCCCGAUGAUGUUCCAUCAGUGAACCUGUCCCAGGGGAGACAUUUGAGUGUGAUCCAGGUCCCAGGUUCAAACCGCUGGCAGGAGAUAUCAGCCCGGAGGAUGGAGAUCAUCCAGACAGCCAUCGAACGUCAGAUCAGCAGGGAGGCCGACUACAUCUUCUGUCUGGACGUGGACAGCAAGUUCCACGCUCGCUGGGGGGCCGAGUCUCUGGGCAGGCUGGUUGCUGUGAUUCACCCAUGGUUUUACCAGCAGACCCGUGACCACUUCACAUCCGAACGGCGCCCAGCCUCGACAGCCUACAUCCCCAUGGAUGAGGGAGACUACUACUACGCCGGGGCUGUGUUCGGAGGGUCCGUGGAGGAUGUGUACACACUAACAAAGGUAUGUCGGAACCAGCUUGAAGAGGACGCGAGGAAUUCCAUCGAGGCUGCCUGGCAGGAGGAGAGUCACCUCAACAGGUACCUGCUUUACAACAAGCCCAGCAAGCUGUUGUCUCCAGAGUACCAGUGGGAUGACAAGAAGACCAAAACCAAUGAGGUCAAAGUCAUUCGCUUCUCUUCCAUCGUUAAAAACUAUGCUGAAAUUCGUCCCAAUGAAUAGGACUUGGAAGUGGAUAUUCGACCGGCAGAAGAAAAACGUAAUUUAGGCAUAGUGCUUGAAAUUAAUUGAUUAUGGUUAAUGUUAGGUUAAGGUUAAGUUCAGGUAUAGUUUCACUGAGGUUUGGGUUAAGGUUAGGGAAAGGCAUAAAAGGUGACAUUGGGUAUCUGUACAGCUGCCUGGCGCCACUCAUUUUCUGCCAUAAAACUAUUAUUUUAAAUUGUAUCAGUUAGUUUGUUGUAGUUUUGGGAUAAAAACGUUCUUCCCUUAUAAGAAAAUAUUUGUUUUUUCAUUACCUUUUUCAUCCUGUAUUCUGUAGCCUAUCUACUGUGUAUGUUGAUUACUGGGAACAAUCUCAAUAAAUAUAUAUAUUUUUA